UUCUGUACGUUUGUAGAUUUCGAAAUAUGGGAAACAGGGCUUCAGCUAAUAUUCUUUUCGUAUUUGCUCUGGGCAUUUCGGUUUGCCUACUUUACUCUGCUGAAUUCAUCAGUUUUAGAAAAGUUGAAACAUUGGACGGGUUAACGUGCCCUGAGGAUGCCACUGUUUUCAGUUUACUUAGUAUAAUGAGCAAUAUUCAUUGCUCAUUUCAGUGUUCGCGCUAUGGCACGUGCGUUGUUGCAUUCUACAAACCGUCGAAAAAGAAGUGUGUUGGAUGUAAUACGUCAUCAAAGGAAAAUAUGGUGACGGAAGAUGAGUAUAUUGGCUAUGUAUUAGACAAAAGCUGUGGGAUUCUGCCAUCCAUUGAUAAUGGAAAUUACACACUUGACCCUGGGACAAACACAGCGACGCUAAUCUGUGGCGAUAAAUUCCGGGCCAGCACUGACACGAUCAGAUGUCAACCAAACGGUACCUGGGAGACCGCCACGUGUGAGGAAUACGAUUGCUACCUGACAACAUCCUGGGAGUAUAGGGGGAAACGAAACACAACAUUCAGUAUGCAGCCGUGCUUGCGCUGGGACUCGCCUUUGUUUGACAUUCGUUGUGAGACCAAACCCUGCCCAGAGCCAAGAGAGGAAGCUGAGAACUAUUGUAGAAAUCCAAAGUGGGGUAUUGAUGACGCUCCAUAUUGCAUUGCUGAGUAUACAGACAACAACCCGGACAAAUAUUAUGAAAACCAUUGCGGUAUAUUGAAGUGUUAAUAUUUUCCUGUACUGAUACGACACGAUUUUUGUGACAAUAAUUUUUCUCUGAUAUUUGGCUUUGUUUUGUCUAUGUCAAAACACUUUUGCAUCUACGUACUGACAUAACUGAAGCACACGGAACAUUACUCUUUGCCCGGUUUGGAGACUAGUCCAUAAUUGAAUGGGGACUGGGCAGAAUUAUCAGUCGAGAGGUGACAGUCUUUUGUAUUUUUUGCAUUUAUAUUUAUCUCAGUCUUGAAGCUCAAAUCUUCUCUUUAUUUAAAUAUAGAGAUUAAGCUAGCAGGAAGUAGGCUUCAAACAAUCGAGAUUUGUUUUUAUUUUGAAAUAAGAUAAGGGUUGUUUAUGACACGUUUGAUAAAGCAGCAAGUUCGUCGUGCAGUGCUUUGUUUAGACCCAACAAGUUUGUCGUUCAGCGCUUUGGUUAAAUCCAACAAAUCCAACAAGUUUGUCGUUCAGCGCUUUUUAAAACCCAGCAACUUUGUCGUUCAGUGAUUUGUUUAAAUCCAACAAGUUUGUCGUUCAGCGCUUUGUUUAAAAGCUUAUUAAGCCGUCAAGGCUUUUUUAGCGUUUCCAUUUGUCCUUAUAUUGACCUUAUCGUUUUUACUAAACUGAACAUACCUUAUUAUUAAUUCGUCAAUUGGCAGAAGUUGUAACAAUAGUAUGUUGUUUACUGGUAAUUAGUGUGUGUCUGUAAGUGUUUGUUAUUUUUUUUUGUUAUUUUUGUGUGUACGUUCGCCAAUAUUCAAAACCAUCGAUAAGUCAAAAAAUCUGACCGUGCGUAAAUAUCUGUUUUUACAGUAACACUUAUGUCACUAUAUUUUUAGAAUCUUAUUGAAAUAUUUAACAUUAUCUCUCAAUGUUUGUAAUGAAAAAUGGACGUUUGCUUUUUGCUGUAGAAAGAAUCGAAAUCUUUCAAAAUGUAUGAGAGUGUAUGUAUAAUUUACCAUGAAGUUAAAGAAUAAUCCAAUUUUAUUUUAAAGGCUCAUUAUGAGUCUAAGGUCUUUUAUUUUUUAACCUAUAGCUCUUCAGCGCUUCUUAUGUAAAAUUCUUCCUAGUAUAAUUUCCAAUAACCGUAAAUUAUACCAUACCCAGACUUCGUCUCGUGAUGUUAAGGCAUAAGAAAGGUCACGUGAUUAUGGUAUAAUUUACGCAAACCCAGAAAUCGUCAACGCAGCAAUGGUAUAUCUAUAACUUAUGUCCUGUAACAGGUUCCAAAACGUGACUCAUUGGCAAUAUGAUUGAGUCAGCUGUUGCUUUCUUUGCAUUUGGGAAAUUAGUGCAGUAAUUAUAGUGAAUUAUUAUUUUGUGUAGAAGUCAAAAUACCACUUUAUUUACAUCAUACGUCUACCUUUAUAAAAAAAGUGCAUUCAGCACUCCUUUUUUACAUGUUUAAACAUUAAACAGAAAGAAACAUAUAUUUAUAUUUAGAUUUCAGUUGUGUUAUAUGAAAAUCACUUGAAUGAAUGCUGUUUAUACGAUUGUAUCUUUUAACUUACACUUUCUAAUUAUUGCACAAUACAUAUUAAAUAAAUGUU